AUGUCUCGUAAACUGGCGCAGGGGCGGCAGCUGCGCGAGAUGGACCCGUACGACAUCUACUUUACGCAUGCGCGUGUGCGUCCCGUCUUCACGGGCUGCAACAAGCAGAUCCAGCAGACGCUGGACGAGAUCGUGCGCGGUGAGACCAAGUUGGAGGACAUCCCCUACAUCACCGUCAUCGAGAACUUUGAGGAGGCUCCUGCCGCACCAGACACGUUCGGCAAGAAGGGCAAGGGCGGCGGGAAGGGUGGGGCGAAGAAGGGCGGGCGGCGGAAACGAGGCGAUUCGUCCCGCGAAGAGGAAGAGGACGAAGCGCCGCGAGGAGGGAAGAAGAAGACCGUCGCUGGAGGAGGCAAGGGCGGCGAGCUCGUGCCGUAUUACUUCUCCUUGAAUAAUCGGAGACUGUUCCUGUUCAAAACGCUCCGAGACAUGGGCUUGAUCGAGAAAGUCCAGGUCCAGGUCAAGCCGGCGCUGGAGCGGGAGAAGACAAAGUACACGCGUGACCGGUGUGUGCUCCGAGCCAAGCUCAUGGGCGCAGGGGCGAAGCUGGACGCUGGCGAUGGAGAGGCGGAGGACGCCGACGAGGACGGAGCCGGUCGGCCCGCGGACGAGAGGAUGGACGAGGACUAG